UUUAGUAAAUUUUUGUGAUUAUGCAUGGGACAACAUUGCCUUGAGGGGCUUAGCCAAGUAAAGUUUCUUGUUCUGAAAUUGUUAUUUUUUUUUUUAAUUUUCUUUGAAACUGACAGCAAGAUCCCGAUUUCAAAUAUUCUUCAAGGCGAUGGAACACUUUUAUUGGAGGAGCGCUUUGAUACAAACGGUGAUGGUUUCAUUUCAGGAGAGGAGCACGAAAAGUGCUUGCACAGCUGUUGCAUCCCUAUAGAUGAUGGCGAGAACAAAUCAUUCAGAAGGUUGCAAAAGAGAAAGAUCCCAAUUUUACAUCUUCUUGGUAAAAAGGAUCCAAACUACUCAAACAUUAAGCUACGAGAAAUAUUCUUAGGACUCACUGGUUCUGCAAAUGCUUCUUUCAUUGCUUAUGCUCCGACGGUUUCCUCAUCAGCUGCGCCACCCCUGAUGGAUGUUAUUGUGGUCGUCAACGCUAUGACUUUUGUUUUCCUCUUGCUUAGCUUUUGGCUUCGCAACAAGAAGCCGGUGGCCGCAGAGAGAAUUACAAGAGCAAUAGGGAUUGUUGCUGCGGCGAUGGUUUUCUUCUUGAUAAUGGGCAUGUUCUUGCCUUCUGGAAGAAAUUAAUUAACAUGCGAUAUCCAUAUAAUAACUAGCUAUUAUUAUAUGAUUAAGGCUAAAACAAGAGACAUGGCAAACGCAUGGAAGGUCUUCGAUGGAAGUCUUCUGAAAAUAAUUGAUUGAAUUCUGUUUCCGUCCUUAAUAGAAUGUUUGUAGAUAUGAAGACUUUCAGCGGAGGAAAACUUUCAACGGAGGAGCUCAGAAACUGCCCUCUUAGCGUGGCCCUGGAUUCCAGUAUCAGUAUUGACGAGAUCAAAAGGUUCCAUUUUUCUGUGAAUAUUGGUUUGGUUGGUUUGAUCAUAUUAGUGUGUGAUUAUAUUGGUUGAUUGGUUUGAUUAGUAUCUUGGUUAUUAUGUGAAAUUUUUGUGUUAUUUUUAGUAAAUUUUUGUGAUUAUGCAUGGGACAACAUUGCCUUGAGGGGCUUAGCCAAGCAAAGUUUGUUGUUCUGAAAUUGUUAAUUUUUUUUUUAAUUUUCUUUGAAACCGACUGCAAGAUCCUGAUUCCAAAUAUUCUUCAAGACGGUGAUGGAAAACUUUCAGCGGAGGAGCUCAGAAACUGCCCUCUUAGCGUGGCCCUGGAUUCCAGUAUCAGUAUUGACGAGAUCAAAAGCAAGAUCCCGAUUCCAAAUAUUCUUCAAGUUCCUAAAGGCGAUGAAGACGAUUGGUUUCAAGAAUUCGGGGAAGAAGACGACGGUGAUCGGACACUUUUAUUGAAGGAGUGCUUCGAUAUCUUUGAUACAAACGGUGAUGGUUUCAUUUCAGGAGAGGAGCACGAAAAGCGCUUGGACAGCUUUUGCAUCCCUAUAGAUGAUGGCAAGAACAGAUCAUUCAGAAGGUUGCAAAAAGAGAAAGAUCCGAAUUUUACAUCUUGGUAAAAAGGAUCCAAACUACUCCAACAUUAAGCUAUGAGAAAUAUCCUUAGGACUCACUGGUUCUGCAAAUGCUUCUUUCAUUGCUUAUGCUCCGACGGUUUCCUCAUUAGCUGCGCCGCCCCUGAUGGAUGUUAUUGUGGUCGUCAAUGCUAUAGCUUUUCUUUUCCUCUUGCUUAGCUUUUGGCUUCGCAACAAGAAGCCGGUGGCCGCAGAGAGAAUUACAGGAGCAAUAGGGAUUGUUGCUGCGGCUAUGGUUUUCUUCUUGAUAAUGGACAUGUUCUUGCGUUCUGGCAGAAAUUAAUUAACAUGCGAUGUCCAUAUCUUGAGUGCUCUUUUUUUUUUUUUCAUUUUUACGGUAUGAUCUCUGUAAUUUGAAAAAAAUAACUA